AUGGCAAUACAAUUGCUAGAAGUACAUAAGGAAGUAAUUGGUGAUGAAGAGCAUUUAGAAAAAAUUGCACAUUUACAUUAUUUAAUAGGAGAUUCUUACAAUAUCAUAGAUGAUGAUCAUACUUCUAUUGAAUAUUAUGAGGCAGCUUUGAAGUAUAACAUCUUAUCAUCUUCAAUAACAGAUGAACUACAUACAUAUCUUUCAGAUUUAUAUAUAAAAUAUAUCGAAAAAUAUACUCUUGUUAUUGAACAUUUAAAGCAAUCAUUAAAUAUAAAAAUAAAUCAAGACAAUGAAAAUAUUCUCGAUAUAGCAUUGUUCAAUAAUGAAAUUGGAUGGUAUUAUUAUAUGAUUAAUGAUUGUAUUUCAGCAUUGUUAUAUUGUCAAGAAGCAAUGAGCUUCUAUGAGCAAGAUUCAAAUGCGCCUGCCACAAAUAUGGAGUAUGUCUUCUCUACUAUAAAUUAA